UUGAAAAUUUAUUAAACAUUCAACGAGUCAAACAUAACCCAGAAAACCGUUGUCCUCUGUUUGAAUUGUACAUUUUCAUCCAUUAUUUUGCUUAUAAUUUACCACGAAGUGCCUAUAAACACCUAGAAAUAAGUAGAAAAUGUACUAAAGAUGGAUUACAAUAAAGGAACAGUCAUAUAUGACCAUCAGCACAAUGUUGCAGUGCAUUUUGAGUCAAAAACUCCUACUACUCGAACAAUUGCAGUAAAAAUUACACAUUUUUACAAUUAUAAACUGGUAAUUAACGUUCAAGAAGUUAAUAAUUACAAGUUUAACUUCACUGGUGAGAUUGACAAUGUCCUAUUCACCGCAAUGAGGAAUGAUCAACAUUUAGAGAUUGAUUUCGAUGAAUUACCUCAACAAUUAUUAAUCAUGCUUAAAGAAGUUAAAGAUCAAGACAUCUUUUUAAGACUGGAAGCCACUCAAAAUGCUUGUGAAGUGAUAUUCUAUGAAAAAUCACGUCUAAAAUCAUUAAUAUUACUCUCUCUAACACUACAAGUAACCAACCAGGGUGCAAUCAUUGAUGAAAUGGCGAAAAACCUCGAAAGUGUCAAACUGGACAAUCAUAACCUCACUCAGCAACUAGAAACGACCACAUCUAACCUCAAACGAGUGAAUAACUCAUUAAAAACACUCAAUUUAGAGAAAAUAAGACUUGAAACACAUUGUCGGGAACAAUUAACACUAGUUACUAAUAAAUUUACAGCGUCUUUCAAUGCAGUCGAAGGAAAUAUCUUGGAUAAACUGUCAAAACUCGGCCGGAGGCAUGUCAAACUACAAAAUGACAUGGAAGUGUUAAAGAACGAGAAUAGACUCAAGUGUGAGUCGAAUGCACGGUUAUUAUGCUCAUUACAAGCGUUGAGGUUGGAAAACGAGAGAAAUAUUAAGCUUAUUGAUGAUUACAAAAUGGAGGUGGAUCAUUUAAGGUUAAUUAAAGGUAAUUUGGAUGAGGAAAUGUCAGCUGUAAGAAGACAACUGCAUCAGAAACAAGCACAGAGUGAAGAUAACGUUAAAACAAUCGAUGUCCUAAAACGUGAUCUCCAGGAAGCCACGUUGAUAAUCGCGCAGAAAACGAAGAUGCACGAUGAAAUCGCCGCGGAUUUAGUGCAAGCUAAUUCUAUGCUUGUCAACUUCAACAAUCAAUAUGAUAAUCUGUCAAAAGAUUACGAUUUGUUGAAGGAAACAUUGGAUAAUCGUGAGAAGACAAUACAGAAUCUUCAAAGGGAAGUUGCAGGUCAGCAACAGGAUUUGAAGGAUUAUAAAAUGGAAUAUGGGCCGGAGAAAGUCCAAAUGUUGCAGAAUGAGAUAUUUUUAGCGCGGAAAACCCAGCAGGAUCUGGAUAAACAGUACAAGGAAGCUAUAAAAUUAAAUGCAUUGUUAACACGGAAAUUGUCGGCGAAUGAUGGACAAUCACUGGGGACACGUACACAGAGCCAGACGCAAGCGUAUAUUAAUAAUUUGCCACCUCCGAGUCAACGAUCUAAUUAUUAAUUAGUGUUUGAAGUAAAAUAGCGUCCGUAUUUGAAGUAAAAUGGCGUCCAUAUACAUCUCAAUCACCCGGAAAUACACUCCACAAACACAAACAAAGGUAUUAUUGAGUAUUUAUACAUAAAACCAACAAAAUAAAGUCCAAAACCGUCCGAAUUUGUGAUUCAAAUAUCAAAUGUUUUGUUCAAGUUGAUUCAUUGCUUAUCUCAAAAUAAUAAAUGCUGUGAUAACGACCGCGACGCGCUCAGUCUCACACCGACAACGUAACUAAACGCAACACACAAUUUCAGUCUAAAUUAAUUCUGUGUAUUAUUAAAACAAAAACUAUAACAAAAACAAAAGAAAAAUAAAAUAACAAAAUGCAUACACGUACAUCGAAUACAAAACAAGUCAAACGUGCACAUGCGCAAGCGCACACACAUGCAGAUUUACUACGGACGCCUACACCAGUACCAACCACACCGCUAUUACGCGUCAACCCAACAUACAUACCGAAAUAUCCACGUACGCCGUCAACGCCACCUGUGCUGAAAGUCACACCACCUGCACCUGCAUCUACAACAACAACAACCAAUGGAUUAUUAAAAGUACAUGGAAGAAGUAAUUCUACUACGGAUUUGUAUAUACCACCACGACUAAACACACAAAACUCACAUAUUUCACAACGUAGUGAUGAUGGCCGCCAUCUUGGUGCUUCCACUUCGUAUGACGAUCUUUCCCGAGACACAUCCUUAGAGAAAGCGUGUCGGAAUGUUUCGAUAUCCAAUCGGUCGUUGUUGGAAAGUGUGCGCAGUGGACGUUCUGCGCAUACAAGCAGAGAUAAUGUUAAUAUUAAUGUUAAUGUCAAUGUUAAAAGGAGUAGCAGUGUUAGAAGUGGAAAUAUUGCAAGAGUUGAACGUGAGGGUGAUAAUACUGUUGCGGUGAGUGUUGAAAGACUGCCUGGACCGAGGAGAGAUGCGCCGGUGUAUGUGAUUGAUGACACCGAGCGGCCAUCUUUACUGCAGCGUAGCAAGACGUUUAUUAGUAACAGGACGGAGAGUAUGCGGCAGAGUUUUCGACGGAGGAGUAAUAGUAAUACUGCGAAGAGGGCGGAUAAGGAACAGAAGAGGAUUAGUCUUGUUUUUGCGCAGAAUUGGGAUGGACAGAAGCAGGAGGAGGAGAAGCCGCCAUUGCCGAAGCGGAAGAGUAGUUUUAGGAAUCUUAGGAAGCGAUUGUUUCCAAAGUGAAAGUGGUGGGAGUUGAGGGAUUUAUGGUUAGGUAAAUAUUGUUUGGAAGAUGAUUGGGGUGGUUUUGACCUCAAAUGUGAGUUAAACACUUUCAAAAUGGCGUGUGAUAGCCUAAAUUGUUAAAAAUGAAAGCGAAAUGGUGUCGGCAUGUGAAAAUAGCAGUUGUUGGUGUUUUUUGUCAUAGGUUGUAAGCCAAUCGCGUGGUUUUAUCAACAAAAUUCAAGGAAUUACAUUGGCAGAUGUGCGGAUAUCCAAAAUGGAGUGUGGAUGGAUCAUUGUCACCAUCUGUGUUGCAUUUCCGGUUGUUUGGAGAUGAAUUUGCGUUUGUUUUGGGCUAAAUGUUAUUAAUUUAAUCGAAAAUAGGUUAUUUUAACCUUAAAAUUGAAAUAUAGUUAAAUUUAUGAUGGAAUAGUGUUGUAACAUGUGAAUUUAUAGAGAAAAUGGAUGGUUUAAAGAGAAAUUUGGUGAGUUUUUACCUCAAACUUGUAAAAACUGUUAAAUUAAUCAUAGAAUAGUGAUGUAAGCUCUGAAUUUAUAGUGAAAAUGCCUAAUUCGUUGUAAGUACGUGUAAUUUAUCUAAUUGUAACCCGGAUUUGUUAUCUUUUUAUCUCUGAAUAAGAAAGUUAGUCGAAAUUGCACUGAAAAUGACAACAUUACGUCAUAAUUUGAGAGAAUCAUUAAAUUUUAGUGAAAUUUGCUUAGUUUUAACCUCUAAUUUGCAAAAAACUGUUGAAUUAAUUAUAGAAUUGAAUUUUAAGAUGUAAAUUUGUAACAAGAUGACUAAUUUGUCAAGUUUUAGUCUCUGAAUAUCAGAAAAUGUAAAAAAUUAGCUAAAAUGAUAUCAAUUGAUGAAAACAUGAAUUUUUAGUGAAA